AUGAGAGGUUUCAUAAAUCACUACAAAAAAAGCACAUCAACACAGUGCAUAGCUCACCUAGAGCAAGCAUUGAAUUAGUUCAUGGAAGUUGGAAGACUCAGCAUGUCCACCAGAUAUUGCAAGGAAAUUGCUGAAUUAUACGAACAGGAGCAAAAUUUGGAGCAAGCCAUAGCUUUCUAUGAUAAAGCAGCCGAUCUUUUCCAAGGUGAAGAAGUGACAACUUCUGCAAACCAGUGCAAACAGAAAAUCGCACAAUUUUCAGCUCAACUGGAACAGCAAAAAGCUAUAGAGAUUUACGAUGAGAUAGCACGACAGUCGCUCAAUAAUAACUUGCUAAAAUACGGUGUUAGAGGGCAUCUACUGAAUGCUGGCAUUUGCCAACUCUGUAAAGGCGAUGUUGCAAUCACAAAUGCAUUGGAGCGUUACCAGGAAUUGGACCCGUUUUCAGGAACACGCGAAUAGAAAUUGCUCGCGGAUAUGGCUGCUGCUAUGGACGAAGAAGAUGUUGCAAAGUUCACUGAUGCUGUCAAGGAGUUUGACAGCAUGACUUAA